AAAGAGAGAGAGAAGGGGGAAGAAAAAGGGGAGCAAAGCACCUUGAUAGGGCCCAUGACAUGUCUCCUCAAUAGACCCCGAGAUGUGAUUGUCAUCUUUCUCCACUGCACUAUAUCCUAUUCUUUCACCUCCGUUCCCCUUUUCCCCUGCCAUUUCUUGCCAAAAAUACACAACAAUUCUCCCCCCAUAAUCAUGUCCAGUGACAGAAGAAAAGAUUCUGCAGAAGGGUCCUCACGAUCCACCGGAGCCGGGAACCAUCAGCAGCAGCAGCAGCAGCCGGCGCCGUUGAGCCGGUACGAGUCGCAGAAGCGGAGGGACUGGAACACUUUCGGGCAGUACCUGAAGAAUCAGGCGCCCCCAGUUUCUCUUUCCCAGUGCAACUGCAACCAUGUGCUGGACUUCCUGCGGUACCUCGACCAGUUCGGAAAGACUAAGGUUCAUUUACACGGCUGCGUGUUCUUCGGCCAGCCAGACCCACCUGCUCCUUGCACGUGUCCUCUCAGGCAGGCUUGGGGGAGCCUCGACGCUCUAAUCGGACGGCUCAGAGCUGCCUACGAGGAGCACGGCGGGUCACCCGACACCAACCCUUUUGGAAACGGAUCUAUUCGGGUUUAUUUGCGUGAAAUCAAGGAGUGUCAAGCCAAAGCAAGAGGUAUUCCUUAUAAGAAGAAAAAGAAGAAGAGGAAUCAAAUUAUUAAGCCCAUCGCCAUCGACGAGGCUAAGCCUUCCAAGCAAGCAGCUUAAUUCUCCCUUGCCUUCUUCCCAUAAAUGGAUCAAACAAAUAGAGGUGAAGAAGAUGGGAAGGUUUCAGAAAAACAAAUAUUCAAAACUCUCAUCUAUGCUUCGAGAUAUGAUCCACCUGAUCUUUUAAGAAGAUGUUAUAUGUUAGCGUAAUUAUAAGUCUAGUUAUGAAUAAUCUUGUUAUAGCAAGCUAGUCUCAGCUGCCCGAAUUUUACUAGAAAUUAAUGUACCACCUUGUAAUUUCUUAUAUAAUUACGUCCUAUAUAGACUUCUUUAAGCAGUUAAUUAGCUACACUACUAUAUAUACAUGUUUACCUAUAUUAUUUC